UUUAUGAUGUGGCGGAAUGUCACAUGAUAUGCGACCUUUUUGCACAUGACCACGGAUGCGAGUAGUCGGACUAUAUGUGAAAAUAAAAUAUCAUAGACAUGGAAUCGCUGUGGGUUUUCUGUUUUGUUCUUAUAUCACAAGCAUUGGCUUACAAAACGUAUUACAUGGAUGAGAACUGUGGGAACACUCUGAAUCUGGAUACUUAUUUCCGACUCCAAGCUUCCAGAAAGUCAUCGCUUUCCUCGGGUCUGAACUGCAGUGUUGACAUUUUUGCCACCUCCAAGAAGCUCGGGGGUAGCGCGCGAGUUCAUGCCCGAUUCCUUAGCAUCAAUAUGCCAUUCUCUACUCCGGUUUCUGGCUGCGAUAGAGUGAAACUAGAACUCCAUGAUGGAAUACGGAACAAAACCUUAUUAACACCAAAGAACGGACUUUGUGGGGAUUCCUUAUACAACUCGUACAGCUAUGUCACGGUCAACGAUAAUUUUAUGACCUUCACCUUAACAACUAAUCCCUCACCCCAGAUUGGUACAUUUGAUGCCAUCAUUACAAAUUUCCAUCAGCUUGAAGAUCCCAACGAUGCAUGUCUAAAUGGAUGGUGGAGAUGUGGAAAUGAUCGAUGUGUGGAUCCCUCCACAAAGUGCAACACCUUUGACAACUGUGGAGAUAACACCGAUGAAACAUACGAGAAGUGCAAACCAACAAUGUAUUUUUACGAAAAUUGUGGUCAAGAAAUCCAUGUGUACGACGCCGUCCAUUUGAAACUGAAGAGAAGUGGCAGCUCAUUGAUCCCAAACACAGUCUGUGAUAACAUUGUAGUAUCUCAUAGCAAAUCGUCAGGAGUUGGGGCGCCUGCGCAGGUUUAUGCCCAUUUCCGUUCUAUAAAUCUUCAGCAGAAAGUAUCUGGAAAUUGCACUGCCGCAAGACUUGAUGUUUUUGAUGGACUGAGAAACAAAAAGAGAAUUUCUGGAAGUGAAGGUUUGUGUGGAACUUCAUUGCAAACUGUAGAUUACACGACAGAUCAGGAUAAUUUUAUGCCAAUAGAAUUCACCACAGAUGGAUCAAAUCAAGUCGGAAGCUUUGAAAUCACAUUGACCAAUUUUCAUACUGGUGAAUGUUUGGCCGGGGAAUUCCAAUGUACAAACGGUCGUUGUGUGGACUCCACAGUACAGUGCGAUGGCUACCAGAACUGUGGAGAUAACAGUGACAAUGUGUCCGAUCUAUGCUCCGUGAUAGCCGGCCUCGCGGCGGGCGCCAUUGUGGCUAUUGUUCUCUCUGUCAUCUUCUUUGUUAUCUUUUUGCCAAUUUUUAUAAUCGUUGUUAUGGGACGAAGGCGCAGAAAUAGAUAUUCCGGAAUCUGAGAUGUUGUAUUGUAUAUAUGCGGAACAUUUGUUUAAAAGUCGAACCAACUUAAUUAAUUGUGAUCAAAACAUAUUUUGUUGUUGAUAUUUAUUUUUUAUAAAGAUUUGUUUAUAUAACAAAAUAUA